ACAUGAUCUGAUUCCAGAGCAGCCAAGGGCCGUAUUAAUGUUCCCUGGGAGCCUUGAAUGUACUUCUCGGAGCAGCAGGAAGGCAACAGUUUGUUUGUCGCCGUUUUCAAGAAGUGAACCCGGAUGCUGUUUUUAUCACAACAUACUGGAAUUCGCAUGGACUCCACCUGCCGUGGGACAGACGUCGCAUCUCCAGAGUCGACAGUGACAACGCUGUUGUCAAGCUCAGGCUACCUUAGAAGCAACCUGCUGGUGCCUGACCACAACACGACCUUCAGAUACCAAGAUAAGGAGUAUGACUCAGCUUCAGCUGCCUUGGAGGCCUAUAUUGCCGACUUCGAAAAAAGUCAAAACAGCAAGUCAUUGAUGGGAAGGCUGCUCAUUCCACAGAGUCCAUUGUGCACCCCAAAAAGACCCAGAAUGCGCACAUUCAGAAAUAGAUCUGUUCUCAGGGAGCGUUUAACUGAGCGAGAAGUAGAUUUGCUGACCCUUCCUGUCAGUUCCCUCCAUCACCGUGACAACCACGACAGACUCUCAAUGACAACUGAUGAGCUGCUGUCUAUCCCCCUCGAUGGCUCCAUGCCGGUCACCCACACAACCGCAUUCAUCCAAGGUUCUGAUGUCCUGUCUCAAUCUGUCAUGUCAAAGGACCAAGCCUCAUCCAGACCAGGAGAUGACCUGUCCUACCCGAAUUUAAGAAGGAAUUGCAGACGCUGCAGCAGGUGCAAAAAUGAAGGCCAAGUUUCCACAUUGAAACAAGAUGUCCCCUUUGUUAGAUGCUUAACGUGUGCACACAGAACAAGGGAAACAGAGAUGUCCCCGUAUCUUCAUUUGUCUGGCAGCAUAACUGGGAGCAAAGCAGACAUGGACCACACUCAGUCAGCCAUCAGUGAGCCAGUACUGAAGUACCCAGCACGGAUCCAGUACUGUGACCUCAGUGAGCCAUCAGAGGUCCAUCUUCACCUCCAUACACGUCUUUUAGAGAUAUUUCGAAGCAACUGCACAUCCCAUCCCUCCCUGGAGGUCUGUUGGGCAGCAGUGGCUCAAGAGGAUGACAGCCAGGAGAGUCUCAGAAAUCUCCGACUUCAGUUUGCUGAACAGAUAUCACUGCUUGCCUCUGAGAGAAAACACCCAAACUUUACAGAGUCUUUUUUAAGAGGUAAUCGCCUCGAGUCUUUGAUCCAAAAAGCGGAUCAAGUGGUGAACUUUCUGUCUCGGAGUUUUGGAGCAACGGAAAGUCUUGCAGAUUCUGCUCGCAUUGAUGCUGUGAGUCCAGUGAAUGUUGAAGAGCUGCAGGUCUGUUCAUCUUCAUGCGACCCCCCGCUGCCGAUGGGGUCAAUAAAGGCAGCAGAGGGCAUCCAUCAGGAAAUCCUUCAGAGUCAUGGUGGCAAUCACCAUGGUAGCAGCAUCCUCAGUGAGCAGCCUGGUGGAUUGGAGGCACUUAAACAGAUGAUGUUCAGACUGCAGGCUGUGGAGGCAGCACUUCAACAUCAGCACCCAGCAGCUGCUUCAGUCUCCAGUGACUUGUUGCAGGGUGAGGAAGCUCCAAAGAGGUCUGACCGUGAAGCAGAGCAGAGUUUAUCUGGUGGGCUGUCACUACAAAGAUACACAGCUGAAAUGGUCCUACAUAUGCUGGAUGAUGGAGAGGCAGUAACGGGGUUGGACCCUGAGUCUGAAAUGUCUGAUAACCCAGACUUUUGUCCAAGUGGCAGUGGCAGUCGUCCACCUGGAAAUCCAACUGAACAGGAUCAAUCUGACUCAGAAGAUUCCUCUGAUGAAGAAAGUGUCCAAAUGAUGUUCGACAGAAUGAGUCGGAAGAACUCUUAAUGGAGCAAGUUACCUCCCACCCAGGGCAUAACAGAGAGCCACAAUAUCCUCAGAAGUCGGUCAGGGCCUGCACAAGGGCUUAGCCCCACUGUCUCACCAAAAGAUGCAUGGGAACUCUUUAUCGCUAUCACUAUCAAUACAAGAGGUGAUGAAGUGCACAAACUUGGAAGGACGGAGAGUAGCAACAGCUAAAGGAAAAGAAUGGGAAAAAGUCACCAAAGAUGAAUAUAAUAUAUACUAUAAUAUCAGGCCGACAUGCAAUACCACACAGUUACAUUGAUGAAGCAGAACAUAAUUCUAAAUGUUACUUGUGUUUUUGCCAUUAAUUUCUGGAGCUGAUGUUACACUGUAACUAUUCUCAAAAGUAAUAAAAUAUCCAUUCCUAGGGCUUUGCAUCACCUGAGUCGCCUGAAGCUGCUGUUGGAGGAGUCAAAAGAAAAACAGGAUGAUGAUUGUGAUGGCAAGAUUUUGAAUUUACAGAUCUAACUUAAGUCACAUUAUUUGUGCCUGUAUACUCCAUGAGUGUUAGAUUUCAGUACAGGGUGUCUCUUCAUGUAAAUACAUCAACCAGGAUACCAUUGUUUAAUCAGUCUCUCUGAGGCUGUCCCCUUAAUGUCCCCAGUAAGUGCCAGUACUGAAAACAUCAGUUUACGCCCAAGUAUUACCUUUUGAUGCCAUAGUGGCACCAAAUGAUAUGUCCUUUCUUUCUCAAUGUAAAUUCAUUUGCAUGCUGUGGAGUGAAAAAGUUUUCUCGGCCAAUCACCAACAGACCGCCAUGCAUACUGGUUGUUGUCUGACCCAUUUGCUUUGCAAAGGUAAUAAUAAAUCUGCUCAAGUUCUGUCUCUA